ACUAGGAUACGAAUUCUUCUUUGAUUCCAUUUUAUCACGACUUGGUGCUGGCUCAUCAUUCAUUGUCAAUUUCGUCAUUAUAUUCAUCUCGAUUUUCGAGAAUCUCUCCGUUCCAUCUCGACUUGCGCAAACUAUUUUCACAGUCUUUAUCUACUCAACUAUUCGACAACCAGCCUGCUCAGUCAGUUCCUGUGCACAGAUAUCCUGCCGAAGAUGGCUUUCGUGAGUUCAGGAGUCGAGGAAACUCUUCGAACCAUUUUCCGACGAUGCAUUUCUUGUUCAUCAACUCCACCUUGUCCAAGCUGUGCUUCUGAUGAAGUCUGUUCGCUCUCCAGCCAAUCAUGCACGCAAUGCCCUGUCGCUUCGUGUAUCAAGAUGUCAGGGGCUGGCUCUUCUUCUCCGAGCAAGUCGUCUGGUGGUGGGUCUGUGAACAAAGGUGUCAUUGCUGGUAGUGUAAUCGGUGGAGUGGUGGUGAUUGGGUUGCUCACCUAUCUCAUAUGGCGGUUUUGUAUCAAGAAUAAGCGAGCAGAGUAUGAUGCUCAGUGGACAGAGGAAGGUCAGCAAGGGUACGAGAAGGGCGACAAUUUUGCCAUGCACCGUGACGCUCGCGCAUCUACGCAUACGGUUGGAUCUAUUGCAUCGACUGCACUGACUCGAGCCUCAAACGUCAUUCAAAUCGCUUACAUUCCUGGGGUGACGAACCGCACUCCUCCAGUGAGCCCCGGAGUUAUGGUCCCGCCUGUGCCUCCUCUACCUCUUGGAGUUAACUCGCACAAAUCUCCAACGCCAAAUUUCAACAAUCAGGAUCAGCAUUUCUUUAUGCCAGGGGAUCUAAGGGACUCUACAUACUCUGGUUUGACUGGCGAUGGCCGAGCAAGUUAUGCACGAAACAGCAUCAGUCCCAGCUUGGCUCGAAGCAGUGUGGCCACGACGCUGUACAACAACAAUGCUAUUGUCAACCCUCAACCGGCACAGACUGUUGUUCGUGGCAAGGCAAACAUGGUUAGUGUCAAAUCUCGAAACGGCAGUCCUGCAGACACCCCGGGUUCCGAAACGCCGCCUGUGCCUGCGAUUGAUUUUGCAAAGCAUGGGCGGACGGCGCUGGGAGCUCAAGAGCCCGCAGACGCGAAUGACAUGCGACCUCCGCCUAGUCCUGCCUUUUCGAUCAGCUCGACAUUUAUGAAGAGCACAGCCAACACUGCGCGAGCUGCCGUUGCUCGUCCAGUCCAAGUUCUGAAGGGCAAAGCGGCACCGCAAGCAGACAAUGAUGCGGCUUCGAUGAGAACUACAACCUUUGGCCGUCGACCUGACAAGCGUGCUUCACACGCUUCGUCGAUUGAUGGCAUGUCCACCUACUCACGUCCCAACCGCUACACUGCCCGUUCGCUUGCAUUCGGCAACGAGUCGUCAGAUGACGAGGGCGAGCCUCGUCAUCAAGCCAAACAAAGCUUGAUAACAGAUCGUGACUCCCGCAUCACCAAUAUUGAGGACUCUCCUCUUUCGAAACAGUCCCCAUUUGGCGAUGACUCGGCGUUCUCGUCACCUCGAUUAACACCAGCUCCCGCGUAUCCUGGAGACGUCUAUGCCAAGAUGUCAUCUGAGAUUCGGUCAACGCGACUAGGUCACAGAAAAAAUAGCAGCUUGAGUGCGGUGAUCGAGGAGUCGUCGAGGAGACUGAGUCGCCAACAAGAACGUUCCGAAAGCCCAGAACACCGGGAAUCGAGCCCGUUUUCGGAUGUUAAUGAAGUCAAGAACGCUUGAAGCAAACUUCCUGGCGAUGACGGUUUCCUCGAUAUUCUUUGAUGGUUUGGGAUGGACAAGUCCAUGGCGCAUGGUGCGGUCUUAUUGGGAUAUCAGGAGGAUGGACCAUCCGUCUUUGGAUUGGUCUGUCUGCUUUGCUACAUUUUACGCUACGGCCUUUUUUUUUUUUUUUUUCUUUUUCUUUCCUUCUGCGGAAGACGAGUUUCCUUGCUUUGCUUAGCGGUUUAUUUUCAUUUGAUUCUUCUUUGGAAGGAUGUGUGUAUCCCAUUUCUUUUAAUUAAUUUUAGAAGCGCAUACGCUUUGCGUCUGCUUGGAAAUUGGCGGCCCUGGAGGUUUAGUCUUAGCGGCGUUAAGAAUACGCUUUUCUUUUUAGCAUUUUAGCCGGUAAGGCUCCAUACAAUCUCUGAAAGAAGUUUAUUUCAAUGGCAUUGUCUCGACCUUGCUCAUGCAUGGCUUUG